CUCCUGCAGCCGAGUGGCAGCUGUGCCCAAUUCCGAAGGGCCGGCAGUGAUUGCGCCCAGGUGAGCUGAGGGGAGGGGGCAGGGGCAGCGCCCCUCACCCUCCUCACCCUCACACCUGCAGCUCGGGAGGGUCCCCACAGCCCGGGGGUCCCCCCAGACUCCUGUGCCUGACCUGGGGGUGCUUCUGGAGCGGCCCAGCACCAUCCACCUGCCGGGAAGGACCGAGCCGAGCCAAGCCAAGCCGAGCCGAGCCGUGGCCGUUUCUCCGUGAGGCUGGACCUGAGCUCUGGAAAAACAAAGUGGAGCUUGGAGCAUGUGGCCUGAGGAUUGCCUUGCACAGCCAGGGGUGGUGGCCAAGCAGUGAGCAGGAUGCCCCCAGGCAUUUACUGCCCUACAGAAUUCUGGUCCAAGGGGGAAAACCAAAACAUCCAGGUGGACUUUCUGCUGCCCACAGGCAUAUACUUGAACCUCUCAGUGCCCUGCAAUGCCAGCCUGGGCACCAUCAAGCAGGUGCUGUGGCGGCAGGCGCAGCACGAGCCGCUGUUCCACAUGCUCAGCGGCCCCGAGGCCUACGUGUUCACGUGCAUCAACCAGACGGCCGAGCAGCAGGAGCUGGAGGACGAGCAGCGCCGCCUCUGCGACAUCCAGCCCUUCCUGCCCGUGCUGCGCCUCGUGGCGCGCGAGGGCGACCGCGCCAAGAAGCUCAUCAACUCCCAGAUCAGCCUGCUCAUCGGCAGGGGUUUGCACGAGUUUGACUCCGUGCAGGACCCCGAGGUGAGCGAGUUCCGCGCCAAGAUGUGCCAGUUCUGCGAGGAGACGGCGGCGCGGCGGCAGCAGCUGGGCUGGGCAGCCUGGAUGGAGUACAACUUCCCCCUGCAGCUGGAGCCCGUGGCCAAGGGCCUCAGCUCCCUGCACAUCCCCACCCAGAACAUUUUUGUCAACAUCAGGUUCCAGUCUGGCGGGGAGAGCUUCAUGUUCCAGAUCUCCCCCUGGGACUUCCCCAUCACCCUGAUGAGCUAUGCUGUUAAGAAACACGCCACGGUGUUCCGCCACGAGGCCGUGCACAGGCCAGAGGACUACACCCUGCAGGUGAAUGGGAAAUGUGAAUUCCUCUAUGGCAACUACCCCCUGCACCAGUUCCAGCACAUCCGCAGCUGCCUGCAGCGGGGCCAGACCCCCCACCUGACCAUGGUGCACUCCUCUGCCAUCAUUGCCAUGAGGGACGAGCAGAGCAACUGCAUCACCAGCCCCCCAAAGGCCGCCUGCAAGCCCCCGCCGCUCCCCAAGAAAAAGCCAAACUAUGGCUCUCUCUGGUCCUAUGAGCAGCCCUUCUACAUCGAGCUGGUGCAGGGCAGCAAGGUCAAUGCUGACGAGAGAAUGAAGCUGGUGGUGCAGGCAGGGCUGUUCCACGGCGCUGAGAUGCUCUGCAAGACCGUGUCGAGCUCGGAGGUGAGCGUGUGCUCGGAGCCCGUGUGGCGGCAGCGCCUGGACUUCGACAUCAGCGUCUGCGACCUGCCGCGCAUGGCCCGCCUCUGCCUGGCGCUCUACGCCGUCAUCGAGAAGGCCAAGAAGGCUCGCUCCACCAAGAAGAAGUCCAAGAAGGCUGACUGCCCCAUCGCCUGGGCCAACGUGAUGCUCUUCGACUACAAGGACCAGCUGAAAACGGGGGAGUGCUGCCUGCACAUGUGGUCCUCCUUCCCAGAUGAGAAAGGGGAACUUCUGAACCCCAUGGGCACAGUGCAGUGCAACCCCAACACUGAGAGUGCAGCAGCCUUGGUCAUCUGCUUCCCCAGCGUGGCAGCACAUCCUGUGUACUACCCAUCCUUUGAGCAGCUGCUGGAGCUGGGGAGGAACGGAGAACAGCCCCGAGCUGCCGCAGAAGAUUCCGAGGAGAAGCUGCAGCUGAGGGAGAUCCUGGAGCGCCGCAGCCACACGGAGCUGUACGAGCACGAGAAGGACCUGGUGUGGAAGAGGAGGUUCGACAUCCGCGACCAGUACCCGCAGGCCCUGGCCAAGCUGCUCGUCGUCACCAAGUGGAACAAGCACGAGGACGUUGCCCAGAUGAUUUCCCUGCUCCAGACCUGGCCAGAGCUGCCUGUCCUGAAUGCCUUGGAGCUGCUGGAUUUCAGCUUUCCUGACCGUUACGUUGGCUCCUUUGCCAUCAACUCCCUGAAGAAGCUGACGGAUGAUGACGUGUUCCAGUACCUGCUGCAGCUCGUCCAGGUGCUCAAGUACGAAUCCUACCUAGACUGUGAAUUAACCAAGUUCCUGCUGGAAAGGGCAUUGUCCAACCGCAAGAUCGGCCACUUCCUCUUCUGGCAUCUGAGGUCGGAGAUGCACGUGCCCGCCGUGUCCCUGAGGUUUGGGCUCAUCCUGGAAGCCUACUGCCGGGGCAGCACCCACCACAUGAAGGUGCUGAUGAAGCAGGGAGAAGCACUGAACAAGAUGAAAGCUCUGAAUGACUUUGUGAAAGUGAGUUCUCAGAAGGCCACCAAGCCUCAAACCAAGGAGAUGAUGCACAUGUGCAUGAAGCAGGAAACCUACAGGGAAGCCCUUUCCCACCUCCAGUCCCCCCUGAACCCCAACAUCAUCCUCGCUGAAGUCUGUGUGGAUCAGUGCACCUUUAUGGACUCCAAAAUGAAACCUCUGUGGAUUGUGUUUAAUAAUGAAGAGACAGGUCGAGGUGGAGUGGGUAUAAUUUUUAAAAAUGGAGAUGAUCUGCGCCAGGACAUGCUGACUCUGCAGAUGAUCCAGCUGAUGGACAUCCUGUGGAAGCAGGAGGGCCUGGACCUGAGGAUGACCCCUUAUGGCUGCCUCUCCACAGGAGACAAGACGGGGCUGAUUGAGGUGGUCAUGCACUCGGACACCAUCGCCAACAUCCAGCUCAACAAGAGCAACAUGGUGGCCACGGCUGCCUUCAACAAGGACGCUCUGCUGAACUGGCUCAAGUCCAAGAACCCGGGGGACGCCUUGGAGCAAGCCAUCGAGGAGUUCACCCUGUCCUGUGCUGGCUACUGCGUGGCCACCUACGUGCUGGGCAUCGGGGACCGGCACAGCGACAACAUCAUGGUCCGGGAGACGGGGCAGUUGUUCCAUAUUGAUUUUGGUCACUUUUUGGGGAACUUCAAGACUAAAUUUGGUAUCAAUAGAGAACGAGUCCCUUUCAUCUUGACCUAUGACUUUGUGCACGUCAUCCAGCAAGGAAAAACUAACAACAAUGAGAAAUUUGAAAGGUUCAGGGGGUACUGUGAGAGGGCCUACAUGAUCCUGCGGCGCCACGGGCUCCUCUUCCUGCACCUCUUUGCACUGAUGAAGGCUGCUGGGCUGCCCGAGCUCAGCUGCUCCAAAGACAUCCAGUACCUAAAGGACUCCCUGGCCCUUGGGAAGACUGAUGAGGAGGCACUGAAGCACUUCAGAGUGAAGUUUAAUGAAGCCCUGCGGGAGAGCUGGAAAACCAAAGUGAACUGGCUGGCACACAACGUCUCCAAAGACAACAGGCAGUAGAGCAGAGCUGCCCCAGGUGCCUGAGACUGAACAGUGGUGCAGUGCAAGAUCCCCCACUCAUCCCAGAGAUCAGACCUUGCUGCAUGACUGAAACACUGCUGGCCUGUCCUCAGCCAUGGCCUGUGGCUGCUCUGCAUCUCUGGGGACAAGGGAGAGACGUGAGGCAAUAAAACUGCACCCAGUGAAGGUAGGUGGGGGCACUGCACCUUGAGAACUCCUUGAGCUCCAAAUACAUGCUUCAAUGGAAGAGUCGAGGCACUGUAACAUCCCUCCACUGUGCUAAUGUCUGUACUUCUAUUUCCUUGAAAAUUUAGCUGAGCAGAGAUCCCCCUGUGCCUGUAGCCCAUCUUCUAGGACACCACUGUUACAGCUUAGAGGCAUUAACUGCAGCAUGUGGUCACUCCUGCCCCGUGUCAGUGUCCACGGGGUGGGUCAGCUCAAAGCACACCAAAGCUGACUUGGAGAAAUGUUUUUACUCUGCCUUGAGACAGGAUAAAAACAUCCACGCUCUCAUAUUGCUUUCUGUCUGCUCCAGAGGCCAAAGUGUUCUGAAACUGAGCUGGAACUCAGCUACUGCUGUCUAGAACUGGUGGCACAAAAGCAGCUUUGAGGUGGCCACUGGAUCAGGUACUUUGCUUUCCAAAGUUAGGCUUUAGUUGAACCUCAAGUAAUUCCUGCAUUUCUGGAUUUAUUUUGGUUUCAGACCUGAAAAUGCUAAGACUGCAUUUUCAAAUUAAAGUACUUACUGCUUUUCAUAGAAGAUGUUAAGCUGUGAGGUCUGUUCUGGUUUGGAUCUACUCAUACAAACCCUGUUGUCUCUCAAGCACCUGCUGGUAGAAGCAGCAGUUCUGGCAUAGAAGACACCUCAUUUUAAUUUAAUCUAACCCUGGGAGAGCCCCUUUUCCUACACCUUCAGAUGAUACUGUGACUGAAGCACUCAGGCUCCAACAGCUGCUUUGCUACUAGAGGGAAAUGCUGCAGGAUUUAGAGCUCUGUGCAGGCUGAUCAGUGAGGAACAGUCCUGAGCCUCUGGCCCAUUUAGAGUAAAUAUUGCUAGUUCCUUGCUUAUUAAACUAAUUUACAGAGCAAAAAGUAUGCAAAAAAAGUCUGUGCAAGGUGAGAUGCACUGACAGCACAGCCCGGAUCAGGUUCUUGUGGAAGGGAAGACACUACAACUCCAGAGCUGCAGAAGCAGUGCCCUGCAGUGCCAGGGCCUGGUGGUCAGCACUGGCCCCUGCUCUCCUCAGUCCCUGGCACAGCAGAAAGGCCAGGCCCUCACAGAUUUCAGAGCAGGGCUCCUGUCCUGCCCCUCGCUUUGAGAAGUGCAAUAACACAAAGGUGUCUCAGUGUCAACUGCACGAACUGAGCACAGCUUUACAGAGCUUUCUUAGUCUGGAAAACUUGACUUACCUAGGAGCAGUAAAAAACUCAGUGAGUUGUCCUGUGGACCUUCUUCCUUGUACACCCUGGGAGAGAACCUUGGGUAGAUCUCUGACAGCUCUGUUGGGCCAGCAAAGAGCCUUUGACUCCAAAUUUGCAAAGCAGCAGCUCACCUGAUGGGUUCCAGCAAGCUGAACUGUACUAAAGAUUGAAACUUAAAUAAUUUUCAAAAAUGUUCCAUUUCAUUACAAGUGGCUUCUCAUUUUUAUAAAUAUGCUCAGAAUGAUGCAUAUAGGUGAUGAUAGACCGAUUUCUAUUUAUUUAGAGAUGUUUUUGUCAUUUUUUUUAACUCUGUACAAACGGAUUGUGCUUAUUCUGUUGCCUUUGAAAAAGAAGUAUUUUUUUAAGCCAAACCGUGGUUCUGCAAGAAGAGAAUGUUUACAUGUUUAGCUUUUCAGUUGCAUUAGGUACAUGUUUUGUAAAUAAGAAAUAAAAGAUAUUGACAAGUUGUA